AUGCCCGCCUCGCGCCGCGACAAGGUCAUCUCGCUCACCGCCGUGCAGAAGAAGGGGCGUCCGGCCAAGUCGAACUUGAUGGACGCCGUGCGCGCGGCCGCGCAGACGCACGCCUACAUCUGGGUGCUCAGCGUCGCGGGCAUGCGCACAAAGUACCUCAGCGAGGUGCGCGACCUCUGGAAGGGCAGCAAGAUCUGCUUUGGCCGUGUGAGAGUGAUGGCGAGAGCACUGGGAGAGACAGAGGAGGAGGAGUGCAGGGAGGGCGUCAGGGGGAUCAGCAAGCUCCUUGCCGGUCCCGUCGGCCUGCUCUUCACCGACGAGCUGCCGGCGGCCGUGAUUGACUGGUUCGACACGUACUCGCGGCAAGACUUUGCGCGCGCCGGCAACCGCGCCACGCAGGACGUCGUGCUUCCCGAGGGCCCACUGAUGAUGCGCACCGACCCGCCCGAGACGCUGCCGCACCCGCUCGAGCCGCAGCUGCGCAAGCUCGGCCUGCCGACGCAGCUCAAGCGCGGCGUGCCGACGCUGCUGCGCGAGCACGUCGUGUGCAAGAAGGGCCAGGUGCUCACUGCCGAUGCUGCUCAAAUCCUCAAGCAUCUCCUCAUCCAAGACGCGACGUUCCAAAUCGUGCCCCUGGCGCACUGGGACGCCUCGACGUCGUCCGUGACGCGCAUGGAGCUGUCGGCGGCGCAGAAGCAGGCCGUGGGCAAGCUGCACGAGCUGGGCGCCAGCAAGCGCGCGGGCAACGGCAGCCGGGCAAAGAAGCCAAAGGGCGUGCUGCUCAACGACCCGAAUGCGCCCGCAGAGAGCGAGGAGGAGGAGGAGGAGGAGGAGAGCGAUGAGGAGAUGGAGGAGGAGGACAAGGUGGAUGAGUCGAUGAUGCUGCCUGCUGGCCUCUAGGCGACUGCGUCCUGCGCCGUUCCGCAGCACUUCAUGCCUCGCCUCUUCCCCGCCGCUUCGACAUCUUCACCCUGCGCCUCGCUUUCGCUCCAUGCACAUUGUUUCUCUGCGCCCCCCAGCUAGAUUCAGAUCCCAGUAACGACUCAUUCUCGGCU